AUGACCUCGUCGCCCUCCUCUCGGCCUCCGCACUCACAACUGUCCAGCCGCUUCGCAUCCCCUGCCACCCUGGCGUCCGCGGCAGAGUCCUCACCGGCCGGCUCCAAGGACCCUAUCAUGGGCCACCAUCUCGACGGACCUCUCGGACCGCCCGUGCCUCCCGGGGAAGCCGUCUACCCGCCUCACGCCCGCGUCGACGGAAAGUUCGUUUCGCUCGUCCCGCUCUCGACCUUGCACGCACCCGCGCUGUACGAGCAUCUCGGCGGCGAGGACAACAUGUGGCGCUGGACUUAUAUGCUCUCGGCCGGUUGGGCUGACAGGCAAGCCUGUGACGGCUCGGUGGCCACCUGGAGCGUGUCUCGGGAUCCCCAAUUCUACGCCGUCGUCAAGACGGCCAACGGUCCUGCGGCCGCGGACGAGGAGACGACGGGAGAGGCCGUCGGCAUCAUGUCGUUCCUGAGCGUGGUGCCCUCGCACAGGAGGAUCGAGAUCGGCUCCGUCAUCCUGGGCGACGCCAUCCGGGCCAGCAAGGCCGGCACCGAGGCCUACGCCCUGAUGGUCGGCACCGCCUUUGCGCUCGGCUACCUGCGCGUCGAGUGGAAGGCGAAUGCGUUGAACGAGAGGAGUCUCCGAGCAGCGAAGCGCUUGGGGUUCGCGUUUGAGGGCGUGUUCCGGAAGCACAUGGUGGUCAAGGGCCGCGAGAGGGACACGGCCUACUUUAGCAUCACGGAUGCCGAAUGGCCUCGUGCGAGGAGAGGGUUCGAAGCCUGGCUUGACGAGGACAACUUUGACGGAGAGGGGAGGCAGAGGCGGCGGCUGGAGGAGUGCAGAGAGGCCUCCGAGUAA